AUGGCUGCCACCAUGAUGCAGCUGUACAAACCGGAACAGGAAAGAAUGAAGAGGGACAGGAACUUGAAUGUUCCAAGCACGCAGUCAACUUUUCACAAUUUAAGGUCAAAUGUGGCAAAUGAGCUUGUCAGGUCAUGUCUCCAGUCCACUAAACUUUCAAGAGAGAAAGAUACAAAUUACUUGGAAAAUGAGAUUUGGUCAAAAUCUGAUGCAACUGGAAGUGAAAUCUCUGAAUACUUAAAUGGAGAUUCUAAUGUGUCAAGGAAGGAUAGAAAAUCUUCAGAGAAGUUGUCUGAACAAUUAGAAGAGGAUGAUCUGAGCACUAUGUGUUCUGAAUAUUCAGAAGACUUUGAAACUUCUAAUUGAGCAGUGUCCUCAGUAAAAUUGGACCAGGGUGAAUCACAUUUUGAACAGUCAUCUGAAGAGGAGUCAAAGGCUGAUUAUUCUGAUAACACCUCCUACUCAACCUCCUCAUCCCCAGUUCCAGACCAUUCCAAGUUGGCAACCUGCACAGAAUCUCCCUGUUCGGAUAGAGAAGUGCGGAAGUCACUAUCUAAAGUGACUGUGAAAGAUACAGCAAUACAGACACAGCUAUCCAGUUUUCAUUACACCUGGCACAAAGAAGGUGGAGUGGCAGUACUUGGAGCUGCAAAUGUGGAUCCUACACCUAUUGCCAGUCACAUUAUCAGCCCUGAGGCAAUGGAAGCAUUGACUUCAUACAGCCCUGCCAGCUUAGCUCUAAAUGACAUGCUGAAACAGCAGCUCACUCUGACUCGCAAGUUUGUGCAAGUCAAUCGACUUCUCUACUUAUCCAUUGUUGCCUCAAUAGAAGAGGAUAAGUAUCAUUACACAACUUUGGAAGAAACUAAAGAGUUUGUCAGUAAUCAGAGAUCACCAUCACUCACCUUGGAGCAGGCCCUGAAAGAAGUGCAAGACGAAAUGGGGCAAUAUCAUAACAUGUGACGGCCUGAUUUGGAAGCAAAUACAGCUCCAGUAAUGAUGGAGAGAAGAGCAACUGCUACCAAGAUUGGCAUUCAAAUUAAUGUUACCCAGUA